AUGAAUGUUACCCACAAGGACCAAAAGCUCAGGAGGGGAUCUCCUCUGCCGCACUGUAAGCCAGUAACACUCAUGGCUUUGCCUGAGGUGGGGCAACCCCCAGCACCAGGCCUAACACCGAAAUUAGCGGACGUGACCACAGCGGCGAAGCCACACCUAAACACCAGAGAAUUUCAAGAGUUAGAGGAUCUCGUGUCCGAGUUCGCGGAUAUCUUUGCGAGGGACAACGAAGAUUAUGGAAGGACAAACAAGGUAUAUCACCGCAUACACACGGGAGAAGCCCGACCAAUUCGACAGCCACCGAGGAAGGUACCCCUGACAAAACAAGCAGAAGUAAAGGAUAUGCUCGACAACAUGCGAGGACAGGGGGUUAUAGAAGAAUCGGACAGCCCUUGA